ACAUGAUCGAUCACCUUAUUUCCUCUAAUACUGUACCUCUAAUUAAUAUAUAGAUAUGAACAACCCCCAUUAAAAGCUCCACACCCCCAUUCCCUCUCCUCCUCAUUCGUUAUUCAUGGAAGCCAAAGAAGAGCCACAGCUGCUGCUGCUCUCUCCUUCUACAAAGAAAAGCCGGCGAUCGGUUCAGAAGCGCGUGGUGUCGGUUCCGAUGGUAGAUGCUGAUGGAGGGAGAUCGAAGGGAGGCGGCGCCGGCGAGGCUGCGCCGCCGUCGGAUUCUUGGGCUUGGCGCAAGUAUGGACAGAAGCCUAUCAAAGGAUCGCCUUAUCCCAGGGGUUAUUAUAGAUGUAGCAGCUCGAAGGGAUGCCCUGCGAGGAAGCAGGUGGAAAGGAGCCGUAUGGACCCCACCACGUUUAUCGUCACUUACUCCUCGGAUCAUGACCAUAGCUGGCCGGCAAUGUCUAAAAAUCAGCGCCACCAGCAGAAUUCCCCGGCGGCAGCCACCGGAGCUGCUACUCUUCCAGAAUCCAAUUGUUCAAAGCCCGUGGACGUGGAGAAUAAUCCUGUAUCUUCAGAUAAUAGCCUGGCGACGGAUCAAGACGAGAAAUUGACGGAUCUGAUGGUGGAAGAAUCGGCAGGGCUUAUGAUUCCUGAUGCGUUCGGAUGGUUCGCGCAAGUCAGUUCGCCGUCGUCUAACUCGCCGGCGGCAGCCUCCGAUGCGGAGUUUUUCUGUAAUCCUAUUUUUGGAUUUGAUGACUGUGAUAAAUUAAGCGGCACAGCGGUGGAUGAGGAGGAAGACGCGUUAUUUGCUGGGUUGGGAGAGCUCCCGGAAUGUUCCGUCGUAUUCCGGCGAGGAUUUCUGGAACGGCAGUGGAGGGGAGGUGAAGACGCUAAGCCGUGUGGAAUUGAGGCGGAGGAAUCGACGGCCGCUGCCGCGUCGUGGUGCGGUAGCACAAGCUGAUUUGAGAUUACGCUGCCGCCGCCACUGGAAAAGCCAGAGGCCCAGAGACAAUUAUUACUUUCUUGAUCAAAAAUUGUCUUUUUUUUUCGUUUUUUCAUUCUAAAAUUUACAGAUCUGGAUCUCAUAAUAUCUGUUCAAAAAAAAUUCAUUUUUUUUUGUUUUGAUCCAUCGUAUUUUUAUCUGAAUUACUAAACAGAACGCAUGGAUGGAUGAAAGCGAAUAAGAUAGAUACUUUCUCA